AAUUAGCGUGAUGAAACGAUACUCAGAUUGUCUCGAGGAAAAAUCUCAUACGGGGAAUGAAAAAUUGUGCCGCCUAUCGAAAGUCUAGUCUUCAUAACGUCUCGUAUCGUACACCAACGCACGUCUUAUCAUUCAAGCUCCGAAAAAUAAAUUAUCGAUAAUCAGUGUAUCAUAGUUAUAGUUUGAAAUGACACUGACAGCAUCCAUUCGUAUUAAUUUCAUCAUGCGAGUGCUCCCAAGUUUUCAAGUAUAAAAUAUUUUCUCCCCAAAUUUAUUCUUAUAUUUUAUACUCUUUGAUAAAUAUUAAUCAGUCAGUGCGGAAAAUCAAUUGCAAUGACUUUCGAAGAACAACCUAAUGAUGCCUUGUCAAAGGAGCGAUCCAUCGAUACAGCAAUCGAGCUAGCAGGAACCGGAAGGUUCACCAAAAAAGUCGUGGCGAUAGGUGCAUUAAUCGUCCUAAAUGCAUCAUUCGUGACGACCAGUAUAAGUCUGAUAUUCCCAGCAGCUUCUUGCGAUUUUAAUUUAAGUACCCUAGACCAGGGAGUAAUAACAGCAACACCUCUUCUAGGUAUGAUUUUUGGGUCCUAUUUCUACGGGUGUCUGGCUGAUUUGAGUGGACGAAGAAAGGCCCUGAUUGUUACUCUAUUCUCACAGGGAUUAUUCGAGGCUCUAUCAGCUAUUGUAUCGAAUUACUGGGGAUUCUUGGCUUUUAAAUUCCUCAGUGGAUUUUCACUGAUUGCACAAAAUGGAGUGGGAUACCCGUAUGUCGGCGAAUGUUUACCACCGAAAUUAAGAUGCAAAGUACUUUGUGCUUUAGAAGUCGCGUGGAUAGUGGGAACAAUGGUGUUACCAGGUUUUGCUUGGGCAAUUAUUCCUAUAGAUUUAACUUACACAACUGAUUUUUUUUUCUUCCAUUCGUGGAGUCUUUUUGUUAUAUUGUACUCUCUACUUGCGCCGGGUUUGGCACUUUGGCUAUUGACUUUUCCUGAAUCCCCGAAGUAUCUCGCCGAUAUUGGAGAAGAUGCAAAACUUACUAGAGCACUUGAAGUUAUGCAUACAGAAAACACUGGGAAACCAUUCAAUGAAUAUCUCGACGCCUUAACGAAACACGAUCUCCGUGAGUUUCGCGCACGUUUGGAGGCUCGGGAGAGCAGAAACCAUUUUCUUUCUAAAUCCGAGAGAACCGGACAGAUGUGCAAAGAAAUUUUAUCAAACACCGCAAAAUUAUUGAGACCACCAUUUUUUAAACAAACUGCAUUUAUCUGUGCACUGCAAUUCUGCAUCGGUUCAACGUAUUUUUCCUUCACUCUGUGGUUCCCAGAAUUAGUUCGAAGAUUGGAGAACUUCGAGUCCAUGUUCCCAGGAGAAUCUGCCUGGAUCUGCAGUGUUGUACCUAAUGAAGUCCCCACAAACUUAACGGUUAAAGCGGUGGAAUGUUCACCAGAAAUUCCAAUGAAUGUUUACAUGCAUACAUUAAUUAUUAACAUUGCUUGUUUACCAACAAAUAUUCUGGUGCCACUUUGCAUAGAAAAACUCGGAUACAAAUUCUUCAUUGUAACAUACAACGCAGGUGCAUUCUUCAUCACGGCGGGAUUAUUUUUCGUGCGAUCAUCAACGCAAAAUCUCAUUUUAUCCGCAUUUUAUGAAGCUUUCACCUCAGUUGGUUUAGCCCUGGUUUUAGUAGUUAUUACGGAAUUAUAUCCCACGCAGAUCAGAGCAACAGCUUCGGCAUUUGGCAUGUUGAUGGGCAGGAUAGGUGGAGUCUUCGGAAAUCUAUUGAUUGGUUAUUUGAUUGAUAAAUACUGCGGCUCCUUCGUCGUAAUUACUAUGGCUCAACUCUUAGUUUGUGUCAUCAUCGGUUUUAUACUGCCGGUAAAAGGAGAGAAAAAGAAAACAGUACCUGAAAUUAGCGUACCAUCUGUGUACAGAAUAGACAACACGUACCUCUAGCUGAUUAUCAACAGUAAUAUAUAAAUUCAAAUGGAUCUCCAUUACAUCAUAGUAUUUUUUUAAUUUUUCAAGGAAUCAAUCUUGAAAACUUCCGCCUAGUUUGUCAUAUCAAUCACUCAAUUUUAAAUUAUCAAUAAAAUACUAUUUUUUCAUCGA